AUGUUUCCGACCGUCGCGCCAUUCCCUCCGGUUCAGCCGCACCACCUCCACCACUAUCCUACCCAUGAUGCCCUUCACCAGCCCCCGUACGACCUGAAUGACCCGGCCUUCCCCGCCCGCAACGACCCCUCCAGACCUUUCUUCAACCCAUCCCGUUCACGCCUUCAACUGCCACAUCCCGUACAACGCCUAGAUGCUCGCGAUGCCUCCGGGUCUAGCUCAAACGGCCCGGGAGAACAUGCGCUACGAAGGAAGACCCCGAACGGCACCUUGGCCGCCGGCUACGAUGGAACUCUAGGUGAAUCGACUCUCCAACCCGCGACAAAGCACAUUUUGGUCUCGCCCAUGGACUCGGGACAAUUCUUCUCGCCGCAGGGCAUGCCGACCGAUACCUGGCAGCAGCAGAUCAUCGACCCAUCCGCCUCGAAACACAUGAACUUCCCCCCGGUCUUCAAGAAUGAGGCAGGUAACCCUAUUGCUCCCGGAGAAGUAGUUCAAGAUGUGAACGGCACAAGCUGGGUCCGCCCAGUGAAUUACCCGCCCGGGAUCGACUCAAUGCUUAACCAAAGCUUGCCUUUGCAGGCCUCGCAGCGGUUCCUACUACAGAAUGGCUCCUAUAUCCCGACCGUCCUUCCAGCGACCCUCCAGCCUUGCGUGGGGCCGACCGCGUCAGCAGGCACGGGCCCUUUUGGCCCGUAUUGGCCUGAUGGGGCCUAUAUACCAUAUCGCCCAGUGGCUUUUCGGGAGCCGCGCUUUGGAACGCCCGACCCGAACGCCCAGCCCUUUUAUGAUCUCAGUCAGCCAACGUUCAAUCAGCCUCAAGUCCCACUGGCCAGUCGGGCGGACGCAGGCUUUGCAUGGGGCCAACCUCAGCCUGGGAUGCCGACCCAGGACCCGAUGAUUAAAGCCCAUUUUCCUCCUCGUCACUCCGAACAAUUACCAUAUCACACCCGAGUCAGUCGACCCGUAUCAUCAUACUCAUCAAAUCCUUUGCAUAAUGAACAAAUGUCAUGGAACAAUACUCGUCCGGCACCAUUUCAAGCUCCAGGGCCCACCGUCCCGGCCAAUGUGGAGUUCAAGGAGAAGAUCUUGUCGUGGGCCCAUGGGGUAUAUGUCGACCUCCUUGCAACCAUUCACCACGCUCGUCGCAAUAGUAUGUCAAAUGGGGGUGCCGAUGGCCAGAACCCACGUUUCUUGAAACCAAGCAUCUAUCCCAAGCCACCUCGUCAGCCGGGGCUUGAUUUUUCACAGACUACUCCUCCCGAAAUUACUCGUCAUAACAGCUACCCAUCUAGUCAACAUGAUAUACAACGACAGAAAUUUGGCUUCCCGAGAAUUAACGAUCCCUACUCCAAUACUGUACUACCAAGUCAUGGCCAUAAUCGACGGCCGUCAUUAAAUCAAUUUACCCAACACUCUCGUGCAUCGGACACACGAAUGCAUGAUGUCGGACGAAUUACUGGAGCACCACGAUUUUCAACCUCUCUCUUUAAUGAGGGCUCUCCAGUCGCCAACGCCAAAUCAGCAUUGGAAAUGCUAUCUCACCUCUGCCAUGAAAGUCAUUGGGAGUGGAUCGAUGGCAUGCUGCUUGGAGGCUGUCUAGCUUAUGGGUUGGGAGAUUAUCACAAAGCCAUGCGGUGGUAUUCGCGGAUUAUUGCACGAGACUCUUCACAUGUGGAGGCUAUAUCUAACCUAGCAGCAACUUUGUUCGCCCUCGACCGACGCGACGAAGCUGAGCAACAUUGGUUGCGUGCUGUCAAAUUGCGUCCGAGCUUCUUUGAAGCCGUGGAGCAUUUGAUAGGGCUCUUCUGCAGUAGCCAUCGUGGUCGAGAGGCGGUCAAUAUCAUUGACUUUGUACAAAACUCGCUGCGCCAUCCAAAGGAUGGAGAUUGCUUCAAAACGGAUGAGCAUGCCAGUGAGCCGGAGAGUGACGCGGAAAGUAGCGUAUCAGAUGUCUGCAUGUACGAUAAAGUAUCUUUCGACUACGAUGAUGACAUGGGACGUGUCCAGAGUUUGAAUUUGGACUCUACCGAUGCGACUCCAAUUGGCUUCGCAACCAGUGGCUAUGCUAUCCCUGGCUCAGAUAAUGGGCGGAUGCUCGCACUGGUCCAUGCCAAGGGCAAUAUGCUUUAUGCCCUCGGUGACAACGCUGAGGCUGCUGGAGCCUUUGAGGAUGCCGUUUUGAUCGCCGCCGGCAGAAGGCGACAUGGCAUCCAGAGCCUCAUCAAGCAAAUCUUUGCUGCUUUCUCCCAUGGCGCAGGCACUGCAUACCAACCUGAGGAGGCCAAUGAGAGUGUCCUCUUGUAUCCGGAUAGAGCUCUGCAAACGUCGAAACUUGUGUUUUCUAGCAAUGGGACCCCGCCCGGUCUGAAGUAUGUGGCAGAAGGCAUUUCACGAAAUGCGGCGGUCUCGACCACUAGCAACUCUUUACUUUCAUUGGCAAAGAUCUAUCAAGAUGGCAUGGCGACUGUGUCAUCUGGAGCGCUGAGGUCCACGCCUGGCGUUAGAGAUAUUUUGGCUCUUUACUACCUUUCACUUUCCCUCCAGCCAAGUCCAUCUACAGCGAACAAUGUUGGUAUCUUGCUCGCUGGUAUUCAGAACAAUACCCCAGCCCGUGGACUUGUGCGUCCCAAUGGGGAGAGUCAACACCCAGAGAUCCCUGGCGUGCUCCCUGGAAGCGGUAUCUCACUGGCAUUGGCUUACUACAAUUACGGACUGCAUCUUGACUCUCGUCAUGCGCAUCUGUACACCAACCUUGGUAGUCUUCUGAAGGAUAUUGGUCAACUCCAUGCUGCUAUCAAGAUGUAUGAGCAAGCAGUUCAGUGUGAUGGCAACUUCGAUAUCGCAUUGGCCAACCUGGCAAAUGCCGUCAAGGAUUCCGGCCGAGUCAACGACGCCAUUAUCUAUUACAAGCGUGCUGUCAAGGUGAAUCCAGAGUUCGCCGAAGCAGCUUGUGGCUUGGCUAACGCGUUGAACUCGGUGUGUAACUGGGUUGGUCGUGGUGGCAUUGUGAAUGGACGUGGCUUCCAUGAUCGAUGGCAUGUGGAUGAAAAAGGCAUGCUUCGGGACGCCCAGGCUAAUGACACGGGCGCUGGUUGGAUCAAGCGUGUUGUGGACAUUGUUGACCGGCAACUUCGCGAAGGCGAAUACUGGGGUCGGGGCUUAUUGACUCAGAGCACGACUGAACAGCUGUGUGCGCAAUUGGUGACCGCCUUGGAAUCAAGUCCCACAGGGAGUCGGAGAUCAGCUCUGGCUAAGGUCCUCAAGUCAUGGGCAGGACAGAAAUGGGAGGGUUCCCGCAUUGUUCGGCUUAUUGAACGUGCUAUCCGAGCUAUUACGUGGCAAUGGUACCAAGAUCGCUAUGUCUAUGGCAAAGACUAUCCUGCAUCUAAGUACCGCCGGCCUCAACUCCCUGCUGCUUUGAGUGCGCCAAAUGCGCCUACCGUUUUGCCCUUUCACACUUUCACCUGUCCGCUGUCCGCGAAACAGAUCCGUCAGAUCUCACAGCGUAAUGGUCUCCGGAUCUCAACCUCGACGCUGCGAUUGCCCUGGCUGCCGACUACAGUAUACCGUCCUCCCGCACCCCCGAACCCAGCUCUUCGAGUUGGCUAUGUGUCGUCUGACUUCAAUAACCACCCUCUGGCCCACCUCAUGCAGUCAGUGUUUGGGCUGCACAACCCCAAAAAGGUGACGGCGUAUUGCUACGCCACCACUGCCAGUGACAAGUCUAUUCACCGCCAACAAAUCGAAAAAGAGGCACCAGUCUUCCAUGAUGCCAGCGCGUGGCCAGUGGACCGCUUGGUUCAGCAGAUCGUUGACGAUGGGAUUCACAUUUUGAUCAACCUGAAUGGGUAUACUCGCGGUGCUCGUAAUGAGGUGUUUGCCGCUCGGCCUGCACCAAUUCACAUGUCUUUCAUGGGCUUUGCGGGAACCCUGGGCGCGGAGUGGUGUGACUACAUCCUUGCAGAUCAGAUUUCGAUUCCUAGAGAGACUUUGAGUCCUGCACGGCGCACCACGCGCAUUGAAGAUCGUAUUCUUGACGAAGACAAUGGGGAGGAUCUUGAGAACUGGGUUUACGGGGAAAAGAUCGUCUUUACACGGGACACUUUCUUUUGCUGUGAUCACCGACAGAGUGCCCCUGAUGCGGGAGAACGACAUCUCUCGUGGGAUGAUGAGCAGAUGCGACGGUGGCGAAUGCGGAAGGAAUUGUUUCCCAAUCUGAGCGAUGAUACUAUCAUCCUUGGGAAUUUCAAUCAGCUGUACAAGAUUGAACCCACCACAUUUCGAACGUGGUUACGAAUUUUGGCGCGCAUUCCUAACGCCGUCCUGUGGCUGCUGCGAUUCCCGGAAACAGGUGAACAGAAUCUACGGGACAUCGCUAAAGCAUGGGCGGGCGAGGCAACAGCAUCGCGAAUUAUCUUCACGGAUGUGGCACCGAAGAAUACACACAUUGCACGGGCAAAGGUUUUGGAUCUAUUUCUCGACACACCUGAGUGUAACGCACACACUACGGCUACGGAUGUCCUGUGGAGCGGGACGCCGAUGCUCACGUACCCGCGAUACAAGUAUAAGAUGUGCUCCCGCAUGGCAAGCAGUAUUCUCACGAGCGCGCUUCCGAACACAGAGGACGGGAGGCGAGCCCGGGAGGAACUGAUUGCCUCUUCUGAUGAUGACUAUGAGAGUAAGGCCAUUCAGCUUUGCAUGGAUUUGCAGUACGUGGUUGGUGGGGGAGGCCGAGCGACCGGUCGGCUGGCGAAUAUGCGACAGAUGCUGUUUUUGCAGCGAUACACGAACAAGCUCUUUGAUACGGCGCGCUGGGUGCGUGACCUUGAACUUGCGUAUGAGGCUGUAUGGGCGAAAUGGGUGAAUGGCGAAGAAGGCGAUAUCUGGUUAUGA